AGUCCAGAAGACGUUGAUUCAAGAAGUAUUUACAGUAUCGUAAAAUUAUUUUAUUGUGUUUAACCAGCCUAAUUUAGGAGUAAGAGACUCAGACACUAUUACUAUCAUCAGACUCCAGUGAUGCACAGACAAGAACUUGGGUGAUGCUGAUAAGACAAGGACAGAUCCUGAGAAGAAGGCUUUAUUCCUGUAUUCAAACAAUUUUACCACAUCCUAAAUUUGUAUGUUCUCCACCAAUGGCUGAGUCAAUGUCUGAUCAAGCAGGAAGUCCAGGGAAUGAGGAGGACAAGAGACCACAGUUUGGGGGGCGAUUCUUGACAAAUCCAGAAGAUGUCUUUCAGCACAAUGCAUGGGACAAUGUUGAGUGGGAUGAAGAACAAGAGAUAAGUGCCAAAAAGAAGACCCAGGAACAGUUAACAACAGCACUGCCUCUAGAGAAACAAGAAGAGUAUGAGGACCUUGCUGAUGAUUACUGGGACAAGUUUUACCAGAUUCACCAGAAUCGGUUCUUUAAGGAUCGGCACUGGUUAUUCACUGAAUUUCCAGAGCUGGGUCCUGAUGAGAAAUGCAAUGAUGAUAUUGAAAGUGUAAGAGUUGGUCAGGAAUUUCCAGGUCACAGAGCAAAAAGGAGAAUUCUAGAGGUUGGAUGUGGAGUGGGAAAUACAGUCUUUCCAAUUUUGCAAACAAAUGAUGACCCUGACCUAAUGGUGUACUGCUGCGACUUCUCCUCCACUGCUGUUCAACUUGUGAAGGAACAUGCCAACUAUAACCCAGACACAUGUCAUGCUUUUGUUUGUGACAUCACAGAUGAGAAUGCAGCGAUACCAUUCCCCGACCAGUCCUUAGAUAUUGUGAUUCUCAUCUUUGUGUUAUCAGCAAUCCACCCAGAGAAAAUGCAGUAUGUACUUGAUCGCCUUGCACAGUUCCUGAAACCUGGAGGAAGAAUUCUGUUGAGGGAUUAUGGAAGAUAUGAUAUGGCUCAAUUACGUUUUAAAAAGGGUCACUGUUUGUCUGAGAACUUCUAUGUCCGUGGAGACGGCACAAGAGUUUAUUUCUUCACACAAGCGGAGCUCAGAGAUAUGAUGAAAAAAGCAGGGUUAACAGAAGAACAGAACCAUAUAGAUAGACGACUCCAAGUCAAUAGGGGGAGGCAACUCAAAAUGUACAGAGUAUGGAUACAGUGUAAAUAUAGGAAAUAAACAGAUAUAACCUA